GAGUGGACCGGACCGACGCACAGAGACCAAGAAGACAUCUUUGUGUAUGCCAGCUGGACUGCAACCAUGACUGAGAUGAAAAAAGCGGCGUCUACGGACGUGUCAGAGGGGAAGCUGGUGAAGAAGGGUUCCAUCAAGAAGAAGAUCGAAUCGUUCAGGCGAUGGAGUUCAGCUAGCAUCAAGAGGCCCCCGAAGCCUAAAGCCAAGACUCUGAGUCUGUCCUCCCCCGAUGGAGACCAUGAAGACCUCUGGCUGCCACGAGGAGACAAGAGGAAGCUGCGUCCAAUGGUUAACUCUGUCUUUGGACAGGACCGAGAUCUACGACCAGAGGAAAUGGAAGAACUGCGUGAGGCCUUCCGGGAGUUUGACAAAGACAAAGACGGCUUCAUCAGCUACAAGGACCUGGGCGAGUGCAUGAGGACCAUGGGCUACAUGCCAACUGAGAUGGAACUCAUAGAACUCAGCCAGCAGAUCUGUGGUGGCAGAGUGGACUUUGAGGACUUUGUGGAGCUGAUGGGUCCCAAAAUGCUCGCCGAGACUGCAGAUAUGAUCGGAGUCAAAGAGUUGAGGGACGCCUUCAGAGAGAUCAGCAUCGGGGAGCUCAGAGAAGCCAUGAAGAAGCUAAUGGGGGAGCAGCUCAACCACCGGGAGAUGGAUGAGAUCCUGCGAGAUAUAGACCUGAAUGGAGAUGGAGAGGUGGACUUUGAAGAGUUUGUGCGGAUGAUGUCUCGCUGACUCCUCAGCAAACCUCACUGAGGAAGCCGGAGCAACUUUAAAGAUCUUUAAUGUACAAAAACUCCUCACUGUCUGUAUUUUUUCACGUACCUCCAGCACCUCUCAGGUAUUAGAGUCCCUUAUUUUCGCAGAGUUGUAAAAAAAAAUGUGUGAUAAGAGAUUAAAUUAUUUAUUUAUGACUUGGGUGGCGUAGUUUUGUGAGAUGAACUUAAAUGUGAACACGUGAAAAUAUGCAAAAAGUAACAUAUAAAAGACUGACUAAAAUUAAGUCUGCACUAACAAGUACUGUACAUCUGUUUUUAGUUACUGUUUUUCUUUUAGAUUUUGAAUUUGCAACAAAUUAUGCAAAGUUCUACCGGAUUAUACUUCCAACUUUAAACUGAAGGUUUAAAUUAAAAAUAAUAAACGAGAUUUAUUGUUAAUAUUUUAAUUAUUUUUACAUGGUUGUAAAAUGUGAUAAAUAAGCACAGAGACAGAGAGUACUUUGUUAAUAACUAUAAUAACACGUAAUUAAUAAUAAUA